CACACCCCCCUCAGACGGUCAGACCUCACCAAACCGGCCUGAAAAUGGCGAACCUGAGAACAGCCAUGGACUCGGCCUUUUGGGACCAAAACAUUGCCACCCCACAAACCGUAGACGCAACUGCUCGGUCUAUCCCCGGGGAGCCAUUCCCUCUUGAUGGGUCUCGAGCCAGCCGAGCACUCAGAAUUCAACAGCUUUCGCUUCUGGGUAAUGGGUUUCCUCUGGGUAUUAUACCCUCUUACUCUCCGGCUACCCAGAACGAGUUGGGUUCUUUCUCCCUCCAGUCUCUCUUGUUCAAAACAAUCACAGCCAACUGGUGGCUCGGACUAAUUACGCAAUUUCGUCCAAAGAAAUUAGUAUCUAAAAUUAAAGCUGAAGUGUACAGUGGGGACGAAUGGGAGCUGCCCACAUUUAAAGAUGUCACUAAGCAUUUCUUGGACAAAUCACUUUAUUCGUUCGGCUUAUGCUCACAGCUAUCUCUGACUUCCUCAACCUCCUUAUUGUUGAGCACAGAAAGGCAUGGCGAGAGGGAGGAACGCCGAACCAGGGCUAUGCUCUUUCAUAAGGCAAGCAUGUCAAGAGUUCAAGUCCAAACUCCUUAA